UACCCUUACGAAAAACACCGCCAGAACGACUCCAUAUACCUACUCCGAACCGCCGACCGAUAUUUGGAGGUAAUGUAAAUGCAUGUUUUUUCUGUCGUCGGUCUGGUGUAGGUCUCGUUGGUGUGACCAGGGAGGUAAUUUUGUCUCGAUCACCUCCUAGUAUGUGACCUAGCUGCAGUGUGUACAGUACAAGUAAUAGGAAGCUGCGGCCCCGGUUGAACUUGUUUGGUUCUCAGUUUGGGGGAAAUAUAUAGAAGCAUUGGAUACAGUCUUUCACCACGGUAAAAACACAGGUCUGCUUGAGAAUGGAUACGCACUCGUGGCCCGGCUCGUGGUCGUUGCUCGUCCUACUCCUAAUCGUUGUGAGUCGUUGUGAGUCGGUGACUGUCGAUGUGACAGGUGGAAGGCUUGUGGGUCAGACCAUCCCUUUCGAUCAGGAGUUCCUCGGUAUCACAACCAAUGUGGAUGUCUACUUGGGCGUUCCGUUUGCUGAGCCACCAGUCCGCUUUGCUGCCCCUGUUUCCAAGGAACCAUGGGAGGGGGACUGGAAUGCUACAUACUUCCGCGACACUUGCUCACAGGUUGUGACUGAUCCCCUACAGAUGCCAGCUAGUGAAGAUUGUCUGUACCUUAACGUCUUCGCUCCUAACCCGAUGCCGGCCAAUGCCGCCGUGAUGGUGUAUUUUCCAGGAGGAGCAUUCAAGUUUGGUGGCGCCUCGAAUCCUAACUAUGCAGGCGUCUCAUUGGCUGCAAGUUCUGACGUUAUCAUCGUCACCGUCGGGUAUAGGGUGAGCGUGUUUGGGAUAUUUUCUACAGGUGAUGAAGUGGCCCCUGGGAACUACGCCAUGUUGGAUCAGGUUGCUGCAUUACAGUGGGUCCAUUACAACAUAGAAGCUUUUGGUGGGAACAAGGAGAAAGUGACAAUAUUUGGGCAAAGUUCAGGCGCCGGCAGUGUUGGAUUCCAUCUUCUCUCAAAACUCAGUGCGGGCUUCUUUUCACAAGCUAUCUUGCAGAGCGGCAGUGCCUUGUCUCCUCGUUACUUCCGCAAUAACCCUGAAGAAGAUCGUCGUGAUGCGAUGGAACUUGCUUCAGCCGUGGGAUGCCCUUCCACGGACUCCACUGCCCUGGUUACAUGCCUAAGAACAGUGGAUGAAAUGACCCUAUUACAAGUGCAAGAUUCGGUCUACCAAUCAGGUUACUUCAUUCGCUUGGAUGGAACCUUCCUUGAAGACACACCAGAUAACCUCCUCUAUGGAGAAGACAGCAUCCCCCUUCCUACUGCCAUCAUGGCCGGAUUCAACAGCCAAGAAGGCACUGCGAGUAUACGCUCCUUCUUUCCUGAAUACAGCACAAGAGAAACAGGUCCCUUCAUCAAUCGCUCCAUGUUCAAGACCAUGGUCCAUAGUUCCCUCUUGGGUUCUGACAAGCAUUCCCUCAUCAGGGAAUCUGUCUAUCAGGAGUAUGUAGACUGGAGCAGAGUGGACUAUGAUGACUUGGACUAUUUUGAUGCCUAUGUACCCUUCUACAGUGACUAUAUAUGGCGAAGCGGCAGUGAUGCCUCUGUGAGACGUUAUUACGAGUUGGGCGUCGCUAACAUCUACCAGUAUUAUUUUACGCAUACUCCAAGCAGUUCUUUCUCCCGUGCUGGUCCAGUCAAUCCCACAUGGUUGGGAGCUGGUCAUACAGAAGAGUUCCAAUUCGUCUUUGGAUGGUCGUUUGAUGAAAACAUCUUACAAUACAAACACGAGUUGACCGACGAUGAGAAGAUGCUCUCAGCCCAGAUGAUGAAGAUGUGGACCAACUUCGCUAAAUCUGGCAACCCAACCCGUGAGUCGCCCGACUCCUCUCCUGACCCGGACCUACCAGUUUGGUCACCUUAUACUAUCCCAGAACUCAAUUACUUGGAGAUCAGGCUGAAUAAUUCAAUUACCGAGAGAGCUGUUCAAGCCUGUGGCAUGGCUUUCUGGAAUCGCUAUAUUCCUGAGCUGAGAAUGUUCCUAGAGAGCCUGUCUGAUGGUGAAGAGGAAUGGAAAGAGGACUUUGCAGAUUGGCAACAAGAAAUGGAUGAAUGGCGGCUUGCUUUCAAAGACUAUCAAGAACAAACAACCUGCCCAUAAAUAUGCUAUCGGAAGAUUGACAUUAACCACUCGAUGUGUGAGCCCUCCAGAUCCAGUUGGCAGAAGGUUAAUAACUGUUAGUAGAGAAUAGCACAAAGUAUUUCUGUUGAAUAUCAAUGACAAUUAGUGUAUAAAAAUUGUAUCGUUUAGGGAUCUAUACUGGUGACGAAGAAUUGAUACUAAUGCGUUGUAAAAACUGUAAACAUUGUUAACUUUUAAAAUGUGAUAAUUACAACCAUAAAUAAUACAAGAUAGAUCAUAUAAAUAUGUAAAUGGUAUCAUUUCCUGUGUCCUUUGACAUACAGAUGACAAUUUUAACUAGUGUUGAUGUGUGAACUUUAUAGUUUUGUGGUUCAUACACAAAAUAUUGGAGUCCCAGAAUGUGAUAAAUAAAUGUAUAUUUUCAAAACAUCCCAAUUUCAGUCUGUGCACAAAUGUAGAGCGGGAUAAGGACAUUGACAUAAUCUUGUUCCCAAAUAUAAUGUAGAUAUGAAUGAAUGACAGAGAUAUUUUUCUAUUCAUACUUUAUAUAUUGUCAACAGAUUUUAUAUAAUUUGUAAUAAAAAUAUGACACUCUUUAAAAAAA